GAACAGUGACGCAAAUCCACAAAAAUCGCGAGAAUGGAUCUGAUUCAAUCCUACGACGGAGGAGACGCCUCUUCUUCGCCGGAACCCUCACCGCCUCGCAUGCUGAAGGCGAAGUCAUCGGCCCCGGAGGUAGACGACACGGCGCUCGCUCUCACCGUAUCCAACGCGAGCCAAUCGAAAUCGAACCCGAUCAACCCGACGCAGCACGCCGUCGCGUUCAACCCCACCUACGAUCAGCUCUGGGCCCCGAUCUACGGCCCGGCCCAUCCCUACGCGAAGGACGGGAUCGCUCAGGGGAUGCGGAACCACAAGCUAGGGUUCGUGGAGGACGCCUCGAUCGGGUCCUUCGUCUUCGACGAGCAGUACAGCACUUUCCAGAAGUACGGCUACGCGGCGGAUCCCUCCGGGAUGAACUACGUCGGCGACGCGGAGGCGCUGAAGCAGAACGACGGCGUUUCGGUUUAUAACAUCAAGCAGAGCGACCAGAAGAGGAGGAAGCUUGAGGAGAGCAAAGGGGAGGAGGAGGUUGAGAUCUCGGCGGAGGCUGAGAAUCCGGCGACGGAGGCGUGGCUGUUGAAGAACAGGAAGAGUCCGUGGUCGAGGAAGAAGGAGGUUGUUCAGGGAGAGUUGACUGAGGAGCAGAAGAAGUAUGCAGAGGACCACGCCAAGAAGAAGGAAGAGAAGAGCCAACAGGGAGAAGCUAAAGGAGAGGCUUUUACGGAUAAGAGCACUUUCCAUGGCAAGGAGGAUAAAGACUAUCAAGGGAGGUCGUGGAUCGAAGCUCCUAAAGACGCAAAGGCUAACAACGACCAUUGCUAUAUCCCAAAGCGUUUGGUUCAUACGUGGAGUGGUCACACGAAAGGUGUUUCCGCUAUUCGGUUCUUCCCAAAGCAUGGACAUUUGCUUCUCUCCGCAGGUAUGGAUUGCAAGGUCAAGAUUUGGGAUGUGUAUAACUCUGGUAAGUGUAUGAGGACUUACAUGGGUCACGGUAAAGCUGUGAGGGAUAUUUGUUUCUCUAAUGAUGGGACUAAGUUCUUGACUGCUGGGUAUGAUAAGAACAUUAAGUAUUGGGAUACAGAGACUGGUCAAGUUAUAUCGACUUUCUCCACUGGGAAGAUUCCAUAUGUGGUGAAGCUGAAUCCUGAUGAUGACAAGCAGAAUAUUUUGUUGGCGGGGAUGAGUGAUAAGAAGAUAGUGCAGUGGGAUAUUAACUCCGGGGAGAUUACGCAAGAGUAUGAUCAGCACUUGGGUGCGGUUAAUACAAUCACGUUUGUGGAUAAUAACAGAAGGUUUGUCACUUCAAGUGAUGAUAAGUCUCUUCGUGUGUGGGAGUUUGGGAUACCGGUGGUUAUCAAGUAUAUAAGCGAGCCUCAUAUGCACUCCAUGCCUGCAAUUUCUGUUCACCCAAAUGGGAAGUGGCUUGCGGCGCAGAGCUUGGACAACCAGAUUCUGAUCUACGGCACCCGGGAAAGGUUUCAGCUGAAUAAGAAGAAGAGGUUUGCAGGGCACAUUGUGGCCGGGUAUGCAUGUCAAGUUAAUUUCUCGCCGGAUGGAAGGUUUGUAAUGUCGGGAGAUGGAGAGGGUAGGUGCUGGUUUUGGGACUGGAAGAGCUGCAGAGUGUUCAAGACUCUUAGAUGUCACAACGGAGUAUGCAUUGGAGCCGAGUGGCAUCCUCUGGAACAGAGCAAAGUCGCAACUUGUGGAUGGGACGGCUUGAUUAAGUACUGGGACUAAGACAAGCGUCUUGUCACAAGACAGAGGGCAUCACGGAGAAAGAAGUAGUAAUGACGGUCUACCUACCCUGGGAUAUACAGAAUGCUCUCUGCAUCUUUCGGAUACAAAGUCCCUUUUUGAGUUUCGCUUUCAUCUGUUUUUAGAUUCAUCAAUGUUGUAACGCUUUCCGUUUAAUGGAUUGUGUAGUGGGAUGUGACCAAAACAAUUUCAAAUGCUUGACUGUAUCGUUAUCAAGAUAGCAUCUCAGACUUGAAUA